GCCCUCUCCAAUCCACAAACAUCUACCCCUGACCAAUCCGGUAGUCGAUCACUUACACACGGGAGUUGACGGGACCGAGUCGAGCCUUGGAGCGAGUAUAUAUACUGGCAAAGCCCUGCCCCUAUCCUUCUUUCCCUUCCCCUGCCAUUUCUUCUCCGUCUUUCUCCUCCCAGCAUCUCAUCUCUUCCCAAGAUUUCCCCUUCCCCUGAGCAAGUCUCCGUGACUCCACAACUAUCCUCCUCCCAUUGUCCAAACUCUCCGACCAGGAAAAUGGCAAACUCCUCCUCACCAACACCACCACCGCCGCAGCAGCAACAGCAGCAACAACAACAAUCCCUCAUCUCCCGCAUCACCACCCCCCUCAUCUUCUUCACCUACCCCUGGCGAUUCAUGUUCCUCUCCCUCUCCUUCCUUCCCAGCACCAUCCUCUCCCUCCUCACCACCUUCAACCUCACCCCGCUCUUCUCCUGGAAUCAGUUCCAACCCCUCUGGUUCGGCCGCUUCUGGGCCCACGCAGGACCUCUCGUCCGCCAAGAAGCCGAAGAAAACGUCGUGCCCCUUUUAGCAGGGCACAUCUCACACGGCCAGCUCCUCCCCGCACCAGCCCACCCCGCCUUAUCAGGCACCGUUCUCGAGAUCGGCCCCGGAUCAGGCAUGUGGGUGUCACUCUUCUCACCUACAACCACAGCGGGCCAGGGCCAAGUGCGACGCAUCUACGGGGUCGAGCCCAACGCGGCCGUGCACGGGCUGCUGCAGAGUCAAAUCGAUGCCGCGGGCCUGCGCGACGUCUACGAGAUUGUGCCUGUGGGGAUUCAGGAUUUGGCCAGGUUCGGCCGUGUUGAAAGGGGGAGUGUUGAUUGUAUUGUGACGGUGCUUUGUCUCUGCAGUAUUCCCGAUCCAAAGGCGAAUAUUGCUGAGUUGUAUGGCUAUCUCAAGCCUGGGGGGCGAUGGUAUGUCUACGAGCACGUCAGGUGCUGGCGCUCACAAGGCUGGUGGAUGCGGUUCUAUCAAGCUUUCCUGAACUACUUUUGGCCGCUCUGCAUCGGAGGCUGUCAAAUGUGCCGCGACACGUCAACGUGGCUCAGGGAGGCCGGCCCGUGGACUGACAUCGAUCUCGCUUCGCCGCCCAAGGAGGAGUGGUACUUUACCAUGCCUCAUAUCAUUGGCGUUUUGACUAAAUAAAGUUAAUAAACCCGCUGCCAUCUCUAGAGGACCCUCAAUGGCACUCAGCUGUUCAAGUGAUCCAAUCAUAGGAUCCAUAGCUUCUGAAAAUCCCGUCUUGGGAUCAUGUCAAUUGUUGACUCUGGGUCGGUCUGGCUAUCUACACCCUAACUCUCUGCCUCUAUCCAUCCCGCCCUGUUCACAAAAGACAAAGCUUUCAGAAAUUGACAGCCCAAAGAUCAUCGACCAGGUAGAUGAUGCAUGGCUCGCCAAAGACCAAAGAUUCGCACAACUCUCCCAAAAGAUAGCCAGCCAGUGUUCCUAAGUAUCCAUCUACCAACCGCCUUCGGCGCUGUCGACCGGAGCAGGGGCCCAGUCACCAUCACCGCCAUUGGCAGUCGGCGAAGAAGCCCAGCCGCUGGUAUCG